CAUUGGAAGUAACUGGGCAGUUCCUGUUCGAGAAUUUUUUUAUUUUUAUUUGACAUUGGUCACAGGUAUAUUAUCUUUAGUUUUCAAUUGUAAGAAAAGACAUUCAUACAAGUCCAAGGUUUCAUUCUUAAUUCCUGAACUAAUUCAUUUCAAAUGUUCUUGCUGGCCUAUAAAUACCUGCUUUGAGCAUCUUGAAGCUCACACCAGUAUUCUAGCGAGAGUUGAGGAAAGGAGAAAUAAGAAUGGAAAGAUCUUACUCUCUUCUGCUUCUCUUUUUGGCCCUUGUCUCAUUAAAAAGCUUCAAUCUUCCAUGCAGUGCUGCUGAUCCUACAGAUGGUUUCACCCCAGUGCCAUUAACAGAAGCAAAUUUUGUGCUGCAGAAGCCAUAUAACGUACCGCUAAAUGAGCGAUACAGCUAUGAAGAUGGAGUGCGCCGUUUGUGGGUCUAUGCUACAGAUAAGCCACAUGACCCUAGUAGCAACACCCAACCAAGAACUGAAGUUCGCAUUAAAGGUCUUGACUAUUCAUCAGGAGUAUGGCAAUUUGAAGGCUAUGGCUUUGUGCCAAAUGGAACAUCAGGUGCGACAGUAGCACAGAUACAUGGUGCGUCUCAUGGAGCAACCACUUUGAUACUAAGGAUCUACGAUGGCAACAUGAGGUACUAUAGUGGAGACUUGGUGGCUACUGAUCUUUAUGACAAGUGGUUCAGGCUAAAUAUAAUCCAUGAUGUUGAUGGAGGUAGGGUGACUGUAUUCAUUGACGGUGAAGAGAGAUAUUCAACCCACGAUCAAGGGCCUGGCGAUCUAUACUUCAAAUGUGGAGUCUAUGCUGCGCCUCGCAAUAUAAGCUAUUACAUGGAAUCAAGGUGGAAAGAUAUCAAAAUAUAUAAGAAGUGAUAAUAUGUGUGGAUAUGGAAUAAGAUGGCUUUUGGCGUGGAAUAUAAUUGAGAUUUAAAGCAUCUCUCUACUUCUGUUUCUGUUAGCUCCGAAUACAUCACGACUCUCUCAAGUGAUUUUGAACAAAUCCGAAAUACCUUGAAAUGGUUUCGUGAUUUUGAACACUGCACCUAAGAAUCUACCAUUGAUAAGAGUGAUUAUAGGUUAAAACAUGAUCAGGUUGUGUUGCAGUUCAGUUCGAUGAACUAGAUGUUUCAAAAUAUCCUGUCAAAUACUGUAUUUAUCAAAGGGCGUUUCCUCACUCACCUGGCUUUGAUUUGCCACAAUAUGCAGCCAUAAAUUCAACCAAAAUUCAGCAACCCAAGUCUUUUUAUUUUUUAUUUUUAAUAGCAGGUCACACAGUAACAAAGUGUUGGCAAAGUAACCUUACAUGCAGCCCUCAAUACCAUACCAGCUACGAAUGGAAUGAAUGGAAUGUCAAAAACAAAUUAUGCUUUACUUGUAAAGGUCGAAAGAAAAUGGAAA